CAUUACUCUGGUAAAGCCAGACCAGACCAGACAGGGAGAGGAGAGGUAAGGUGGCCCUUGACCUCCACGCGCGUUCGUGGGCACCAAAGAUGCAGGGGCUCCUUGCUGCUCAGGCCCAGAACCGAAACAAAAACAGGCAACAGAGUCCAAGUCAAAGCCGCAGUCGAAGCCGAAGCCAGAGCUGGAGCCACAGUCCCAGCCAUAGCCGCAGUAGGAGCCACAGUCCAAGCGCCAGUCCGAGCCCUAGUCCACCCAGGACUCAUAACAGGACCGCACACUCCAGUAAUCAUCACUCCUCAUCCCACGCCCGACCCCAUACUCACUCCCACUAUUCCCAUAACUCCAACCAUCAUCACUCCAACAGUUGUCCUAAAAGAAGGAAGGCAACAGGGGUAGCAAAAAGGAAGGCCAAGAAAGGCCGGUCAACAUAUGGAAGGAAAAAACGAGCAGGGAGGAGAAGAAAAUGAUAGCUCUCCACCCCCUACCCCCUGGGGGUCUGUUCCUGUGCCAUGGCUUUGACUUACCCGGAGGAACAAAACAACUUGAAAGCUAGGAAGGAAGAAAACAAGAACUUUUUACAGGAACACACAUCAAUGGUGAUUUCUACACAACAUCUUAAAAAAGAAAAAUGGAAAAUGGAAGGCUAGCCUCCCACUCUGGCAUUUCACUUCAUCCCAAGAAGAUAAUAAAGGUCACCUGUUGUGAAACUAAUAAAAUCACCAUUUUGUUGUUGAA